CAUGCAGACAGCACAGUUGUGGUUAAUACCAAUUUUUGGUUUAACUACAGGUUUAAUUAGGGAGAGUAAGUGUGACUUUCACAAGGUAACCGAUCGAAUAUACUUUGACAUAGAAAGUGACGGAAAGUACUUAGGCAAAGUAGUAAUAGGACUUUUCGGCGAAGUUGUUCCCAAAACUGCACUGAACUUUAAAAAAAUUGCAACUGACGGGAUAAAUGGUGUAACGUAUGAAGGAUCAAAAUUUCACAGGGUUGUUGAAAGAUUUUUAAUUCAAGGAGGAGACAUAGUGUACAACAACGGGACAGGUACAAUUAGUAUUUACGGGAAAUUUUUUGACGAUGAAAAUUUUGUGAUAAAGUUCAAUGGACCAGGAAUUGUCGGCAUGGCCAACGGAGGACAUAAUACGAAUGGAUGCCAGUUUUUUAUAACUACCAUGAGCACACCAUGGCUGGACGAAAAUCAUGUGGCUUUUGGAAAGGUGCUGAAUGGUCAAGACAUCGUUCAUAGAAUUGAACAUCUCAAAACAGAUAGCAAUCACGUUCCUUUAAAUAAUGUGCUUAUAAUUCAGUCUGGGCUUAUUGAAACAACUCCUUUCUACGAAUCUGAUGAACCAUACGAAUUAACUUUGUGGGCUUGGAUCAAAGCAGGCUGGUUUCCGCUUUCAUUUUCCAUCGGAAUUUUAUUAUUCUUUCACUGGUUUAUGAUUCAGUUAAAAUGA